AUGGCCAUUUUGAAGGACAUCUAUCAGAGAUUCCUGGUGGGCCCCAGACCUGCUGCUCUGGCCCCCGAUGUCUCCGUGAGCUACAUCACCACCACGACCAAGUUUGACGGUGCCGACGCCGUGCUCUCUCACCUCACCAAGCAAGAUCAUGUUGUCAAGCGCAAGUCGGAGCAGGUCAUUGCUGGCAUCGAAGGCGACAACUCCGUGUGUGUGGACGUUGAGACCACCUUGGAGUUUGUCUCUGGUGGGGGUGUCUAUCUCCCAUCGCUGGAUGAUAAUUUCCUGGCCGACCGCGUCGCGACUUUCCCCACGCUUCAUGUCGUUCAUUUCAACUCUGAGAACCAAAUCCAGCAGAUCCGAAUCUAUUGGGACCAGGCGUCGCUACUGAAACAAGUCGAGGUGAUCGGUGUUCGUGGUCGCGGCUGGCCCAUUCGGGAGGCGAAAGAACAAACGCGCUUCAUUAAAACAGCCGCAUCGCUGGCUGCUGCCCCUACGCGCCGUACGAACCAGAGUAACGACGACCCCGAGAACGGUGAUGAGUCUAGUAAACGUGGCUCCCCCGGAAAGAAAUAUAUUAAGGACCCCCACGCAGCCGGAUCCCUGUACGAACUGCUGUCGCCCGAGAAGGACCGCGCCGAAGCCGUACGCGCUCCUCGUGCCCCUGCCUCCGCGAAGCCUCCGCCGCGUGAAUACAAUGAACUCUUCGUGCACGCCGACGACCCGGAUGACGAAGAUACCCCUGACGCGACGCCUUCCAAGUCUAGGAACGUUGCUCCCAAAGCCGGGGCAGGAAGGAAAUUUGGAGCCUCGCGCAUAUUCGAUGACGAUGCGACCGUUGCAGCCGAAGGCAGCCACCCAAUGAUCGCCUAUCGCGCCAACCCCAAGCGGUUCGAUCAUUUUGAGAUCGGAGCAGACAACAGCCAGCGUGAGGUUCAGGAGGUGCCCUCGCGUCCAGGAUCUCGCCAUGUUCCGCACUGGGAUUUCGACGACUUUGCGACGCCUGAGAAGCCCAAACGCCAACCUCGUGGCGAGGAAAUCCGUCAUUUUGGCUGGAGCGACGACGAGCCUGAGCCCACGCCCGUGUUUCAAAAACAUGUGGCCCAUCCUCGCCGCGACGCGAAAACCCACUUCAACUUGACCGGCGACGGCGAAGACCAGGAGAAGAACAAACCCCGCUACAUCCGAGCCUACGGAAACAAAGGCAUGUCUCUCUACAAGAACCAUAUGUAUGAUGACGCAGAUGAGGAUAAAUCCAAUGAAAACGUCCCGCUUGCAUCAGCCCACAACGGAAGGGAAUUCGAGAGCCACUGGACAGCCGCGGACGAAUCUCCUGUCGAUGGCAAGUCCAACGAAAACAAGAAGCCUGUGGGCGCAGAUCGCCAGAAAGCGCUCAAAAACAUGGAAUCCCAAUGGGAAGCCUAUGACGAAUCCCCUCAGCCCAGCAAAUUCGUGCGUCCGCCCCCGCAGCGUCGUGCCUUGCGCAAGGUUAACGAGAGAAGCUGGGGGAUGGGUGACGAAUAA